GCGUCGCAGCGGCAGCGCGCAGGGCAGCGCGAGUCGCCCCGUAGCCCGGCCUUGGACCGCCCCCUCCGCGCCCGGCACGCCCGGCGCCGUCUUCCGCGCUGUCCCCGGCUCUGGCCUCGGCGAGGUCCUUUCGCGGCGCGGCCGGCUAGUGGCUCUCGGCGAGCGCGGCGCGGUAACAAGUGAACGAGGAUGCCAUACGAGAUCAAGAAAGUGUUCGCCAGCCUCCCCCAAGUGGAAAGGGGCGUAUCCAAGAUCAUUGGCGGCGACCCCAAGGGCAACAAUUUCCUGUACACCAAUGGCAAGUGCGUUAUACUGAGGAACAUCGACAACCCUGCAGUUGCCGACAUCUACACAGAGCAUGCGCACCAGGUGGUGGUGGCCAAGUACGCACCCAGCGGGUUCUACGUGGCCUCUGGAGAUAUCUCUGGGAAGCUGAGGAUCUGGGACACCACGCAGAGGGAACACCUCCUCAAGUAUGAGUACCAGCCUUUCGCUGGGAAGAUCAAGGACAUUGCCUGGACCGAAGACAGUAAGAGGAUCGCCGUGGUCGGGGAAGGAAGGGAGAAGUUUGGGGCUGUCUUCCUGUGGGACAGCGGCUCUUCCGUGGGUGAGAUCACUGGACACAACAAAGUCAUCAACAGCGUGGACAUCAAGCAGACCAGGCCAUACCGGCUGGCGACAGGAAGCGAUGAUAACUGCGCGGCGUUCUUUGAGGGGCCCCCAUUCAAGUUCAAGUUCACCAUCGGCGACCACGGCCGCUUUGUCAACUGCGUGCGAUUCUCCCCUGAUGGAAACAGAUUUGCCACAGCCAGUGCUGACGGCCAGAUAUUCAUCUACGACGGGAAGACAGGAGAGAAGAUAUGUGCGCUGGGAGGAAGCAAGGCCCACGAUGGAGGGAUUUAUGCUAUCAGCUGGAGUCCUGACAGCACCCACUUGCUUUCCGCUUCUGGAGACAAAUCCUCAAAGAUCUGGGACGUUGGCGCCAACUCAGUGGUCAGCACGUUUCCCAUGGGCUCCACCGUGCUGGACCAGCAGCUGGGCUGCUUGUGGCAGAAGGACCACCUCCUGAGCAUCUCCCUGUCAGGCUACAUCAACUACCUAGACAGGAACAACCCCAGCAAGCCCCUGCGGGUCAUCAAGGGUCACAGUAAGUCGAUCCAGUGUCUGACAGUGCACAAAAAUGGCGGCAAGUCCUACAUCUACUCUGGGAGCCAUGACGGCCACAUUAAUAUCUGGGAUUCCGAGACUGGUGAGAAUGACGCCUUCUCUGGGAAAGGCCACACGAAUCAGGUGUCCAGGAUGACGGUGGACGAGUCAGGGCAGCUGGUCAGCUGCAGCAUGGACGACACCGUACGGUACACCAGCCUCACGCUGCGGGACUACAGUGGGCAAGGAGUUGUGAAGCUGGACGUCCAACCCAAGUGUGUGGCCGUCGGCCCAGGGGGUUACACUGUGGUCGUGUGCAUCGGGCAGAUCGUCCUGCUCAAGGACCAGAGGAAGUGCUUCAGCCUUGACAGCCCUGGCUAUGAGCCCGAGGUGGUGGCAGUGCACCCCGGCGGGGACACAGUGGCUGUGGGGGGCACGGACGGCAACGUCCGAAUCUACUCCAUCCUGGGGUCGACGCUCAAGGAUGAGGGCAAGGUCCUGGAGGCCAAGGGCCCCGUGACGGAUGUGGCCUUUUCCCAUGACGGCGCCUUCCUUGCUGUGUGCGACGCUAGCAAGGUGGUCACUGUGUUCAAUGUCGCCGACAACUACUCGGAGAACAACGUCUUCUAUGGACACCACGCAAAGAUCAUGUGCCUGGCCUGGUCACCAGACAACGAGCACUUCGCCUCUGGCGGCAUGGACAUGAUGGUGUACGUCUGGACCCUAAGCGACCCAGAAACCAGGGUCAAGAUCCAAGAUGCACACCGGCUGCACCAUGUCAGCAGCCUGGCCUGGCUGGACGAGCACACGCUGGUCACGACCUCCCACGACGCUUCUGUCAAGGAGUGGACAAUCACCUACUGAGGAUGCCCCGCCCGCCCGCCUGCUGCCCACCAGGGACCGAUUCAGGGACUAGAGGAACUGCCGCGGAACACACUUCUCUAACCGUUUCUGUAACCGCCCUACCCCCCAGGAGGGAGGAGGCCCAGGGUACCCUGGUCUCUGCAGGGUGCUCAUGUCUGUAUAUGUCCUUCUGAAAGCUUUAGACAGUAACAGUUUGCACAUGAAAAAUAAAGCGAGCACUUAAACAGCGUGUGGAGCGUUAACUAAAACCCCACAGCCCAACCCGACCUUGAGAACGUGGAACAUUCCAGAGGCUUCAGCCUCCAAAGCACAGAGCCCAACCCCCCCGAGGCUGCUGCUGUCACUCCGGAGACCAGGCAGGAAGGAAGCCACGGGUGCCCAUUUGCUGUACAGGAAGUCCCUGCUCCAGGAGACGGGGAAGGCACCGCGGCUGGGGGAGCCGGUGCUCUGUAGAGCGGGUGUCUGUGAGUCCCACCAUGCAGCUGCCCCAGUUCCCACAGGGACACAGGCACCCUAGACCUGUUGCUCUGUCGGAUCUUGUGCUUGGUUUUAAGAUGGAGUCGUGGGAUGGUUUUUUCUUUUUUUGUUUAUUUUACUGUACCUUUAACUGUUGACUGUCUGUGUUCCUGAGCUGGUCACUAACAGCACUGUGUCUGGCUGUCCAGAGCUCUGUUACCCGAUCCAGGUGUCCUGGUCACCACCAUUAUCGUGCUUUGAUGUUUUCUUAUCUCUGCCCCCAAGAGCAAAGAGUAAUUUAAGGGCAAAGAUGAAAUUACUGUAAUCUAUAAUGUCGUUUUUACCUGCGUUUUCUUUUUCAGUGCAGAAAUUAAAAGUAAGUAUAAAGCACCGUGAUUUGGAGUUUUUUUGCGUGUGUCGGAAUCACUGGUAAAUGUUGGCUAAGAACAAUCCCUCCCCCUUGCACUUGUGAAACACUUUGAGCGCUUUAAGAGAUUAGACUGAGAUAUAAUUAAAUACCUUUUCUCUUCA